AUGGAUCAGUCGAGAAAAUAUUCCGACAAAGAUAAACUGAAUCACCUCUCUUUUUUUUUUAUUACUAUUGACUCCUCCCUCCAUUCCCUGUCAUAUCCAUGCCCCUCCCCAAAUCAAGAUGGACCCAUAAGUGUAUUUUCCUGUUUUCUGUUAUCUAUCUAUCUAUCUAUCUAUCUAUCUAUCUAUCUAUCUAUCUAUCUAUCUAUCUAUCUAUCUAUCUAUCUCUUUCUGAGUCGUUGUGACGCUGUGCUGACCCUGUCAUACGAUAACCAGCGAGGUUUCUAUGCAGGUAGCACUCUUUCUUUCUUUAUUUUCUUUCUUUCUUUAUUUUCUCUCUAUCUUUCAAAUUAUCUUGUGUUGUUUAUUGAUUACUCAUUAAUUCUUUCUUUCCUUCUUUCUUCCUUUUUUCUUUCUUUGAUUCCCUUUCCCUUGCCUUGUCUAUUAAUAAUUCUUUCUUCCUUUCUUUCUUUCUUCCUUUCUUUCUUUCUUCCUUUCUUUCUUUCUUUCUUUUGUUUUAUUCUUUCUUUCUUUCUUUCUUUCUUUCUUUCUUUCUUUCUUUCUUUCUUUCUUUCUUUCUUUCUUUCCAUAACGACAAUUUUAAAAUUUGUUCCCUUUCUUUCUUCUAUAUUUCCUUUCUCUCUCCUUUUUAGUUUUCACUUCUUCCUUUCUUUUUUUUUAACAUGUCUUUCUUUCUUCAUCACUUCCUUCUCCAUUUUUCUUUACAUUUCUCCUUCAUUUCAUAACUUCAUUUUGUAA